AAAUAGAAUCAAUGAAUAUAUUGAAGCCAUAUAUAUUCGAUCCACAAAUUAAUUGUGUGAACUCUGCUCCUAAGCUCUGAUUUCGUCAUUUUCCCCCAAUUCGAUCGAGCUGAGGCUGAGCUGUAAGAAAAUGGACGAAAACCAGCGACGAGCAGUGUCGGAGAUGAGGGGAUCUGUCCGAACACAGCUCGGUUCUUCUUCAACUCAGGAAUUUGGGGAUCUUACAUUGAUGCGAUUUCUGAUAGCGAGAUCGAUGAAUGUCGAGAAAGCAGCAAAGAUGUUUGUCGAAUGGCAGACAUGGCGGUCUUCGUUCGUACCUCUUGGGAACAUUCCGGUGUCUGAAAUUGAGGAUGAAUUAGCCUCAGAAAAAAUUUAUCUCCAAGGGCUAUCACGCAAGUCAGGCCGCCCGAUAGUUGUCGCAAAAAUCCACAGGCAUUCCGUUCCCAAGGAUCACCUUCAGUUCAAGAAAUUCGUGGUUUACACACUCGACAAGAGCAUCGCAAGUGGGUUUAAAAGUAAAGAGAUAGGAAACGAGAAAAUAGUCGCCGUUCUUGAUCUCAACAACCUUUCAUACAAGAAUGUGGAUGUUCGUGGGAUGAUCACGGGAUUUCAGUUCUUGCAAGGGUAUUAUCCGGAACGCUUAGCCAAGUGUUACAUUCUAGACAUGCCGUGGUUUUUCGUUAGCGCGUGGAGAUUGAUUUCACAGUUUCUCGACAAAGCUACCUUAGAGAAGAUUGUGAUUGUGAGGAAUGAAGAGGAGAGACAAGAGUUUGUCGAGGAAAUUGGCGAAGAAGUAUUGCCGGAAGAAUAUGGUGGACGGGCCAAAUUGGUGCUUCUUCAAGACUAUGUCUUACCACCAUUGGAUGACUGAUGGGGAUCUUCAAUUGUGUCCGUAGGUUUUAUGUUCGCUCUUAUACGUGGGUGUCGAUGCUAAGACAACACGUUUCACUUGUUUUAAAAUCAUAUGUUUGUUCGCUACAAUAAACCAAUUUGAUCGUUUGAAUUAAAGCUUGAAGGUCAAUCUCAAGAAAGCUUAUGAUAA